GCUACAAAGAUGUGGUUUCUUCUUUUGAUCCUCCAAACUUAGCAGCAUGGAUAGAUCUGCCAGAAUCAGUAUACUGUUUCUUUUCUGGUUUAUCAUUGUUUCUCAGCAAAUCCUCCCAACAAUCGGAGGAGAACAACAUCAUGACUAUGCCCAAAACCAGGAAGAGAAACGUCCCAGCUCUUUCGCAAAGAUGGUGACAGAUACAAUUUCUAUAUUGAAACAGUCCCAUCAACGUUCUUGGAGCAAAGUCAAAGCUAUCAUCAAAGAACUGGAGUUUCAUAUUUUCCCUCCAAAUUUAGAAGCCGCGGAUGAAGCAAAUUCUGAUGAGGAUCGUGUCGGUGGCAUUAACAGUGCCAGUGGAAAGAUGAAAGACGCGGCCCAGAAGAGUUUUAAAACGAGCAAGAAUACAGUGGAAGAAACUGCUAAAUCUGCAGCAGAAGUGGUGGGAGGAACGAUGCAUAAGACAGCAGGGAAGGUGAAGGAGGACCUCUCUGAUAAAGACGAGUCUGAAGCAGAGCUUUAAAUCAAAUUUGGUGCUUUUUUACUGAGAAAAUUUUGUUCUGUUUAAAACUUCCAACUACUCGUUGUAAACUUGUAUGUAUCGCCACUAUUUCAUUUAUUUCAAUGAUAUGUUGAUCACUUGCGACAGGGACA